AUGGCAAUAGAAAAAGUCAUGAUACUAGGGAAUUGGGAACUAUGCCUUUCCAUCAUCAACGCCAUCUUCCCACAACACAGCAAGCCUGGUACUACAGAACAUCAAGUUACUGUACUCACAUAUCCUUCACAAACUCUCAGUCUACCCCCUCAUGUCUCUCCUUCCGACGUUCAGCAUCAGAAGUCAGAUUACACGUCGACUUCACUACAAUCAGCCAUGGCGGGACAAGAUCUUGUCAUAAGCACUAUGUCAGGCGGUGAUUCAGAUCAACAGAUUUGCAUUAUCGAUGCCGCCGUCGCGGCGGGUGUCAAACGUCUCAUUCCUGAUGAGUUCAGUCACGACAGCAUGAACGAGCACAUACAAGGGCGCAUCCCAAAAUAUGCGGGACGAGCGAAAGUCAUUGCCCAUCUCCAAAAAAUAUCCAAAGACCAUCCAGACUUCAAGUGGACUGCAAUCGCGACAGGAUACACGCUCGACACCCAGCUUAUCAGCGGCAACAUGGGUUUCGAUAUGGAAUGGCACAGUGCGACUAUCCACGGUACUGGCAUUGAACCAUUCCCAGCCUCCAGUCUAGAAAGAGUAGGACAAAUCGUCGUUCGCAUCAUACAACAUUGGGACGAGAUCAAGAACCAGUAUAUAUACGCUGCUGGUAUGAUAACAUCUGCCAACGAGGUUCUGAGAUCUGUUGAGAAAGCGACGGGUCACGAGUUCACUGUAGGAAACUACGACGUCGAAGAGUGUAUUGCCGAAGGUCAGAAAAGGAUUGAGAAGGGGUACCCCGAUUCUGGAAUGUUUCUGCUUGAACGAAGUGUGCUGUACGACAAGACACUGGAAGCCUCGAAGCCUUUCAAAGACCGGAGCGCAAACAGUAUAAUGGGACUUACUCCAGAGUCAGUUGAGAUUGUCGUAAGCACGGCUUACCGCGACUUCAAACACCAUGGCAAACCCGGAUGCGGUUGUUCAUCGUAA